AUAACAUUGCUCUUCGCAAACAAGUGGAUACCAGCAGCAAUUAUGACCCCGUAAACUGGCCCGCGAGUGCAGCGGUGGACGGAGAAACCAAUCAACGCGGAAAGUGUGGACAUACUAGUGACAAUAGUCAUUUCACAACCUGGUGGACGGUUAACUUGGGGCAGCCGAGCACAAUCAACUACAUUACAAUAUAUUACAGGGCUGGUUAUGGAAGUAGAUUUGCUGGUUACCAGAUAUUUGUGUCAAACACUACUGACUUGAACAAUGGCCAGCUGUGCUACGAAGAUGCUAGUACUACAGUUGCAGAGGUAGCAACUGUAAAAUCUCAUCAGUGUCAACAUGUAGCUCAGUACGUGACUAUUUACAACUAUAGGAACACCCCAACAAAGCGCUAUCAUUGGUAUUCAACAUAUGCUAUAUUGGAGCUAUGUGAGGUUCUUGUUUUUGGAUGCCCAAUAAAAAUGUAUGGACAAGGCAAUUGUGCUCUGCCAUGUCCGGGGGACUGUUAUGGAGGAAAUUGCAAUGCCGCCAACGGGUCUUGUUUCUACUGUUUUCCAGAGAAACAUGGCGACAGAUGUGAACAGGAUUGCGUUUCCAACUGUAAAGACAACCUCUGCGGAAAGGUCUUUGGAGUGUGCACUGACUGCAUUCCAAGAAAACAUGGAGAUUUCUGUGAUCAGGAUUGCUCUUGGAAUUGUAACGACAGCAGGUGUUACCAACAUAAUGGCCACUGUAAAGGAUGCAUUUCCGGAAGGUUCGGUGACGUGUGUGAAAAUGUUUGCUCUAACAACUGCAAAGACAAAAUAUGUUUACAGGACAGUGGAAACUGUACCGGAUGCAUUCAGGGUAAAUACGGUACAAAAUGUGAACUGGAUUGCAAUAACAAAUGUAAAGAUAACCUUUGCGCAAAGGAUGAUGGCAAUUGUCUUGAAUGUAAACAUGGAUACCAUGGUAUGGACUGCACACUAGAAUGUGAACCUACCUGUAAAAUAUGCCAACGGGAAGACGGUGAAUGUACAGAAUGCUUGGAUGGUUUAUAUGGUGGAAACUGCAGUUUGUCUUGUGUCAAUUGUGAGCGGUGUUCGAGGGAAACUGGAAAGUGCCUAACUUCCUGCAUGCCUGGAUACGAAGGAGAAUUUUGUCAAAUGAGCAUACAAUCACCCCCAGAGGAUGAUUCUACUGGGACGACAGUUGGCAUUGUUGUUGGAUUGUUUCUCUUGGUAUCUAUUAUAACCAUUGGCGUUUUGUUCGUAAUCAGGAGACGCAGACAGAACUCUUCGAAGGAAGAAGAUUCAUUGGAUGACUUCGGCAGGCGGGAGGUGUCUCGAUCAUCACGGCUCAACAAUGGCUAUGAGUCAGAUGAACGCACAUCAAAACCAUUAGCGAAUCUCGAUAACGUUUACGUCAACGCUGGGAAUGUAAACAAAACAGUAGACCCAUACGAAGAGGUUUACUGUAAUUCAGGUUCUGAGGGUAUCGCUAUUAGUGACCUGACAUCGUUGGUGAAAACAAAGAUGUUAAACAAAGCAAAAGCGUUUGAAGAUGAAUACAAGUCGCUACCAUCAGGGGAUUUGUAUGAACAUAAAGUUGGGAUGAUGACCGAAAACAAACCAAAAAACAGAUUUAAGUCCACGUUUCCAUAUGACCAUUCACGAGUAGUCCUUGACAAACAGGACAAAGAUCCACACUCGGACUACAUUAAUGCAAGCUAUAUCGAUAGUGUCACGCUACCUGCUGAGUAUAUAGCAACACAAGGACCAACAAACAAAACCGUAGAUGAUCUGUGGCGUAUGAUCUGGCAACUGAAAACUGGCAAAAUCGUAAUGCUGACUAAUCUGUCUGAGGGACCAAAGAAAAAGUGUGUGAAAUACUGGCCGGAUGAGGGGGAACCGAUGUCUACAAAACAUUUCGAGAUCGUCUUAGACAGAGAAAGGGUCUACGCCUUCUAUGUGAUCCGGGAUAUCAUUCUCACAGAAAAAAAGACCAAAUCUGUGCGACAAGUACACCAGUUUCACUACACCACGUGGCCAGACCACGGAACCCCAAACCCCAAUGAACUUGUCGUGUUCCAUCGUCGAAUGAAGCUUUACAAGAAUUCCUUACCAGGAAAGAUGGUUGUCCAUUGCAGUGCCGGUAUCGGGCGAACAGGAACGUUCAUUGCGCUGGAUGCUUUGUUGGAUUACGGCAAAGAAUCUGGAAUGGUCGACAUCAUAGGUUACAUUAGAACCAUGAGGAAGGACAGGGUCAAUAUGGUUCAAACCAUUGAUCAGUAUAUUGGUCUGCACAACAUCCUGAUUGAGGCGUUUGACAUGCCAGACACCCUUAUACCAAGAGUGGAGUACCAUGCAGCACUGAACAGACUGUCGGAUGAUAUCCCAGUAAACCAAACGAAUUUAUGGCAGGAACACCAGUUGUUGCAAACUUUGAAGCCAACAUAUACCAAAGUCGACUAUAAAGCAGCACUCCUUCCCGUCAACCGCAACAAGAACAAGGAUCCGAAUGUCUUAGCAAUUGACAAAUUCAGAGCAUACCUGACGUCAUCAUUAUCCGACAGAACAGAUUAUAUCAACGCUGUGGCUGUUCCUUCUUACACGUCCAGAACCGGUUACAUCAUUACCCAGAGUCCUUUAGAUGACACCAUCGUCGAUGUUUUGACAAUGAUAAUGGACAACCAAUGCGAUACCAUUGUUAUCAUUGAAAAAGACCCCGUCAAAUGGUUGCCAGAGGAAGGAAAAGAUAGCUCAAUUGGAAAAUUCACACUGAAACAUUUAGGAGGCUCUUCAAAUCUGGCUCAUAUCGAUUUGAUAGAUAUUGCGAUCUCAAACCAGAGUCAUAAAUAUGACACCAAAGUUCGGGUAUUUCGAAUGACUGGUUGGGAUAGAGACGUAUCAGUUCCGCCAGAUUCAUCGGCACUUCUUCAGCUUCUAGAACUUGUAGACAGCAGACGGAAGUCACAUGACUCGAAAACGACUGUAGUCAUGUGCCGGGACGGAUAUACACAGAGUGGGCUUUUCUGCUGUGUCAGCAAUGCUAGAGACCAGAUGAAGAUUGACGAGGAAGUCGAUAUGUUUCAGAUUUCUCGACAAGUUCUUGUCAGACGUCCGGAAUGCAUCACAAGUGUUGACCAGUACAAGUGUUGUUACAACCUAGUCAAAGAGUACUUGGACACCACAGACGUGUAUGUCAACUGACAGAGGACUAUACCAGUAUAAUACAAACUGAUCAGUGGCUACCUGGAACACAGAAGUGUAAAUGUUAUACAAACUUAUCAAGAAUUAAAAGGAAAGUGCAUUUAUUGGUUUUGCCUGUUGCCCAAUUCCUUUUGUAUCCGAAAAAACCCCGUUGAUAUUGAUUUAAACAUAUUUUACUUGUCAUUCAACAAAAAGGAUUAGGCACAAGUUAUCUCAACUUAGAAACGCCCUCUUCGUUGAUAUGCAUAUGGAAUAAAACUGUAGGAGUAAACCAGUACUAUUAACACGUGUUAAAGACUUACAUAGACAAAGUUCCAGGACCAGUAGGGCUGCUACAUCAUACUCAAGGAAAUGUAUGAGUAAUUAAUGUGUGCAUACUGUAUAGUGUAGAGGGAGGUAAAACCUAGAACACAUAGUUGUUGAAGUAGAUCUGUCUGCAUCUACAUGCAACUGAUACAAUUAACGGCCCGUCUGAUGUGGUUUGGAAAUGUAUUCUAACGUUUUCCCUGAUCCUUAAACACAAGAGAAGUAUUAUUAAAAGUACUGAAUUUCAGCGGGAUCCCGUCUUUAGAAGAUUUCUAGGGAUUGGUAAACUAUAUAUCAACUUUGUACAAUGAAAGUCCUUACACAGGAGAAGUUUUAUUGGUUCUCUUACGUUGAUUUAACAUUCCGUUUCAACUUUUCAUGAUUUGUGCAUAACAUCUUGUUUUCCUGAAACGAUCAUUUUGCAUAAUUUAUUAUCACGAGCCUUAUUUGAAACGCAUAACUAAACAUAAUGAAGAUUCCAAUGUGUUAUGUGAUGCGAAACAAAUACAACGUUUUGUCUUUCUUGUUUUACUCCAAGGCCCAUACCAGUUGCACCCUUAGUUUUGUCAUCAAAUGUCUGUCAUAUCACCAUCAAGGUAUACUAUUAUCAAAUCAUGAACAUAUAGAGGAUAUAAGUUACAUCUCAUAUUGUUUUCAUAUCACCGACGAUCGACCAAAUCCAGUCUGCUACAAGUGUAAGGCAAAGCUGUCCAAACUAAGCUAAUAACACGAAAGUUAGAGAUACAUGUACUCCUUUCUGUAAUUAUUUUGACAUAAGACUUUCAUAAUUGAUGUUUUUUUCUUGAUUUGAUGGGAAAGCAAGUUUAUUGUAUUAUGCAGACGUAUCCAAAUUUCGUAAAAUAACACUAAAUAAAAACAGUUUUUACACACAAGAAACUAUUUAUUUAUUUUUAUAAAAGAAGGAGACCGUUCAAUUGUGUUAGGCCUUAGACAUUAAUACUGUCAUAUACGUCCCCGGUAACAUUUAUUCGUUCAUUAAUCAAACGAUAUUCGAGUAUAAUAUCAAAGUUUUAUUUUCCACAAACAAUGUACGUAUCAAACGUAUCGCAACGUUUUCAAGACCGACUGGUCCCUUUGUCAAGCUGUGACUCUUAUUGAAGAUGUUCGAAUAUAGUUUUUAGAUAGGUAAUACCAGGCAUACGGGUUAUUUCGUAGACAUAGCUUAGACAUACACUAUUCAGAAUAUGUUUCAUAUUAAUUUUAAUUUAAUAUUGGAAUGCUUUCUUUUAAAAUUAUGUAUAAAAACAGCUUGUCUCUUUGUCUUGUUUUAAUUCAACCAUUUAAACUCGAUUUCCUAAUCUCCAUGUAAUGAGUACAUCAAUUUGAACAUACGACUAAAAUAACCUAAAUAAGUUGUAUAUAGAAACUGGAUAGGAUAAUUAAAGUGAAAGAAGGAAACAACAUAUAUUGACGCAAUUUUUUUUAAGUUUCAUCGUCUAGCUCCUGACUAUUUUUCCAAGCUUGUACUUCCUAGCAUGUCUGAAAUGCAUAACUACAGCACUAGGCAUGGUAACGAUCUUACAUGUAUCAGAUCUUACAGGUAUCAGAUCUUACAUUAUAAAAUCUUACAGGUAUCAGAUCUUACAUUAUAAAAUCUUACAUGUAUCAGAUCUUACAUGUAUCAGAUUUUACAGGUAUCAGAUCGUACAGGUAUCAGAUCUAACAGGUAUCAGGUCUUAAAGGUAUCAGAUCUUACAGGUACCAGAUCUAACAGGUAUCAGAUCUUACAGGUAUCAGAUCUUAAAGGUACCAGAUCUUACAGAUAUCAAAUCUUACAGGUAUCAGAUCUAUCGAGAUUCGUUUUAUUCCUCCGCUGUCCAACUUCAAAGCCUAUCUCGACCAAAACUCUAGGGGCGUUCCCCUGAAUAUUAUUCUGUAGGAUCGAGACAAUGUAAAAUAUAUCAUACUAGACUACGUGUCCGAUGCAGUUUUUUAAAACGUCAUCUUUUUGAAAGAAAUCUUGUAGAUAAUCCCCUAUGUUCAUGUGGACAUUUUGUAGAAAACAGUUCCCUCUAUUCUUUUUUUGUAAACUUAACCACCCAUCCAACCGCAUAAAACGCCAUCAGUUAUUCUUUUUUUUGUCCCAAAUAUCAUGUUCUAUUUAUUUUAAAUAACAAACCGUAAUACCCCUAAUUAUCUGUUUGAAAACAUUGAACCUCAUAUUAUAAACAAUGACUCAUGAUAUUCGACAUCAACGUAUAUCUCAAACACCCAUUUGCAGAACUAGCAUAAAUUUUAACAGUUUCUUUCCUAGUAUGAUGUCUUGGUGGAAUACAUGUAGACCCGAUUGUAAUUACAAUGUAUUAUAAUUUGAGGUCAGUAAGUGAACUUAAAAAGCAACUCGUCCAUCAUGCCAUUCUUCCUUAUGCUGAGGAUACGUGUACACAUGCUUUUAAAUAUGGAGGGACUAGAUCUUUUAACGUCAUUUUAUGUCAACUUAGAAACCAUGCAAGUCAAUCAAAUUCUGAUUUCCUUACUAAUAGCCCAUCCUGUAUAUGUGGCAACCAUGACGAAGAUGUGGAUCACUUCUCUAUAUUCUGCCCUAUGUAUAUAAUCCAAAGAGAAAAACCUAUUAUAGUCUCUGUCUCAUUUGCAGCUUGACAUUCAACUAAACUUACAUUUAAAUCUCGACUUAAACCUAAUUGAACAUUUAGUAAAUAAUAUUAAUAUACUAACUAGGGGAAGUAACCACCUUAGUCAUGAUCCUAAUUCUGCUAUUUGUGUCUGUGUUCAGAAAUAUAUUGAGUCUACUAACAGGCUUUGAAAUAACUGUUAAUUUUAGUCCCAAUGUGUAUGUAUACAUGUCUAUAUGAAUACAUGUCUAUAUGAAUACUCCUUCAACACGGCUCCUGCUCUGGAUUAUUUUAGUGCUGCCCGGUUAUAAUUGUUAUCUGGAGUAGGAGUGGUGAUGGAGGACUAGUUGGUGU